AUGGCUCAAGACAAACAGAAGUCCCGCAAGGAGGUCCGAAAGGUGAAUCAUCCGGGUCAUGCCUCGGUCCCCUCCCACCUCAGCCAGGGUGAGAACGCAGAGAGCCCCAUCGCCAACAAAAAGGACACCGGCGACUUGGGAAAUAACAAUCCAGUUCCACCUGGAUCCUCUCAGCAGCAUCACGCCGUUACGGCGCAGCAUUCCCAGUAUCUGGUUUCGCCAGGGGCAAGGUUGCCCGAUGUUUCCCAUCUAAGCCCUGUCAACAACUUGAACACAGGCACUCAGCACGUACCUUCAUUCAGUGUUUCCCAUAACAACCAACACCCCUUGCCCGAUCCUUUCAGUGAGCACAACGUCCAUGUCCAUUCUCAUAUUGCCGGAGCCCCUCAUCGGCAUCACCAUGGACAGCAAAAUCAUCAACAGCAAAACUAUCAAGAGCAAAACGACCAAGAGCAAAACGACCAAGAGCAAAACCAACACCCCAUCGCCAACCCUCUCGAUGGCUACGCCUUUCAUACAAAUGUGGCGGGAGCCUCUCAUCAUUAUGGAGCGCCCAACCAGGUUUCUCUUCCUAACGGUUAUGGUUCCAACACUGUUCCUAAUGUUGCGGGAGCCCCGCAUUAUCAGCAAUCUGCUCAGUCUGCUCUCCACCAGCCAGCCAAUGCAUCGCAGAGUGCCAACUAUGGAAACAUCCCCAUGGCGUCGGGGUUCAGUCAUUUGAACCAACAUGCCGCGAACAACUUUAAGGGAGUUGCAGUUCAACACUACGCGUAUGCUGAAGAGCUUCAGUACAUGGGCAGUGUUCAAGCCCUCCCGGUUUCUCAAGGUCCGAACUAUUUCCAAGGUGUCCCAGUCCAGCACAUGCAGUAUCAGAAUCCUCAGCAACCCCAGCGCAUGGGCAUUUUGCAAGGCAAUGCGGCUUCUCAGCCGAAUAACUUCCAGUCUGCAUAUCCCAACAAUGUCUCGGCUGCUCAUUCAAAUGGUUUCCAGUUCAUCCCAGCUCAACAUUAUCAACUGUCUCGGCAGCCACAACCCGGUAUGAACAUGGCGCAAGGCGUUCCAGCUGCUCAUCUGAACAACACCCCAGCUGCUCAUGCGAACAGCUUUCCAGCUGCUCAUCCGAACAGCUUUCCAGCUGCUUAUCACACCAACGUUGCAGCUGCUCAUCAGACUGGUUUCCAACUCGUCCCACCCGAACAGCAUCACAUGCAACUUUCGCAGCAGCCCCAGCCCAUGGACAUGGUGCAGCCCAUCCCGGUCGCUGACAUCGAUCCUCUUGACCUUGGUAUCCCCCAAGAUCAGCAUAAUCCCAUCACUCCUGGACCACCUCAUCCGCAGGCCAACCACCCUGCCGUACUCGCUUUAGAAGACAUUGAUCCGGACCAAGACAUCAACGAAAUUAUCGAUGCUGCAGCCAGUGUCCUCCAUGCAGACCAUCGACAGUGCCAGCACAAGUGGGUAGAGGAUGACGUGGAACAUCAGUGCACGGGCCAUGCUUAG